AUGAAUUAAAUUCAAUAAGAGAUAACAACAAUCCCCACAAAAAUCUUUAGGAAUGCAUAGUGGAUAUCUAAAAACUCAAGUGUAAACAAGAGGAAAAGUCCAAAUUAUCCUUGCAAGAGAUGGGGCCAUACAGCUGUCUUGCAUGAUAAAUACAUGUAUGUUUUCAGCGGGUGUGGCAAAUCAGACAAUGCCAAAUAAUGGGAAUUAAUCUAUCGAAUGGAUUGCUUAACAUUUUAAUGGGAAAGACUGGCCAGCCCUUCUGCCAAUCACCCAGCUGGUAGAGAUUCCCAUUGCUCAGUUUGUCUUCAAAAUAAGCUUUAUUUUUUUGGAGGGUCUAGCAAUGACUAAAUUUUGGGGGAUUUUUGGAGCUUCGACAUUGACACAUCAGAGUGGACAGAAAUAUAAGUGCCAAAAGACAUGCAAGCAAGAGAAGGACAUUCAAUGGUCGCUUUAUCAUAGAGAUUAAUAUACAUAUACGGAGGUUGGGACUAAGUACAGAACACUAUGACAGAGUCUCAUUGGUUAUAUGAUAUAAAGACAAACAAAUUUUAAUAAAUCAUAAAUUUCACAGGAGACGAGAUGAUUAAAUUAGAAAGUCAUACGGCAAAUAAGAUUGGAGAGAGUGUUUACAUUUUUGGAGGUCAAGGUUAAAUGUCACAAAAGCAAUUAAUAUUUUAUAAGGAUUUGUAUAAGCUGGAUUUUGAGAACAUCAAUGACUUACAACAAAGAUUUGACUAACAAGAUUCACUAGAGGACAAAAAGUAAAAUGGUGAAAACAACAUAGUAAUCAAAAUAGAGAAGAUCAAGCCGAAUGGAUCAUAGUAGCCCACACCUCGUGCAUCUCAUUCUGCUGUGGCUUAUGCUGAUCGAUUUCUUUUUAUUAUAGGAGGGGAAGGGUAUGUCUUUUGAAAUAUCAACUAGUUAUUAAUAUGAUUAAUAAAAGGAUAACGAAGAGGAAGCAAUUGAGUAGGAUUAAGAGGAUAAUUUUUAGAAUGUGGAUGAAGAGGAAAAGCCAAUAUAUCCGAAGAAUGACAUUUGGAUAUUUGAGACUAUUAUGAGGGUAGAAUUUUUUAAUUAAAGUGUUAGACUUGGAGUAAAUUAGUACCUCGAUCCAAGACUCCUAUGUUUUAGCCAAGAUUUUCACAUAGUUGUAUUGUUUUUAAAGACCAAUUGAUUGUAUUUGGAGGAUUGAGAAGUAUGGGAGAAGUCUUGGAAGACAUUAUGGUAUUGCACUUAAAGGAUAGUGAAAAUCAUUUAUAAAAGUUUUCAAGAGAUGAGAUGAAGAAUGUUUGUAAAUAUUGUUAAUUGAUUUAUGGGAAUUAAUAGGAAGAAGACAUCUCUUUCAAUAAGGUAGCAGAGAAUAAUGCCAUUCGUUAACCAAAGUUAUCCUUAACCUUCAUCGAUGAGUAAUUUAUUAAAAAGAUUUUAAAUUAGAAUUUCGAAACUCGUUUAAUCACCAAUGUCUUGUUUUGGGUUGUUUUUAGACAAUGCAAAAAUAUCUGAAGCAUCUGAAUUGAAAAUUGAAUAUGCCUAUCGUCUUAGAAGAAAGAAAUCCUAAUACACAACUGAUGAUAUGCAAGAGAAGAUACCUUUGAUAAUUUUAUUUGAGAAAGAAACAAAGGAUUUAGAGGACUUGAGUGAUUUUCUUUUUAAUUUCGAUAUUCCAAAGAAGAAGAUAUGUUUAAACAAAUAGGACUAUGAAUAAAUUACUAGAAAUGGAGGAGAAGGCUUGAUUUAAGAAGAACAGCAAUAAUUCAACAAAAAAUAAUAUGCGUUGAAUUUCAAAAUUGCUUCACUUCGAUUAGGCGAUAGUGUUUUGAUUUGUCACAAAUCAUAGAAUAAUUUUUAUGUUGGUUUUAUAUCAAUGAAUAACCUUUUAAAUCCUAAUGAUGAAUCUUUGACAUUCUAUAAUUACACUCUUACUAUUAGUAGUGAGAAGGAGAGAAAAGUCGAUUCUCCUGAAAGUAAAACUGUCCUAUUGAAUGCUAUCACUCAUCUCUUGACUGAGGAAGACUUCAUAAUUAAUUGCAAUUACAAUUACACAAAGAUUUUUAUAUUUGAUCUUGCAAAAAUACAUUCUCAUUAGAAAGUAUUUGAAUUGAACCUUUACAAUGAUGAUAUCGUCUCAAAUACAUAUGCAGCUUUUGAUCUCAAGAAGGAUGAAGCCAUUAAAUAUCCUGAUUAUUCCUUAAAGGAAUACAUCAAAUUCUAUUCUUUGGAUUAACUUCCUUAUAAGAUGUUUGUGAAUGAUCAACCUCAAGCUUUUUCAUCCAUCAAAAAUAAGAUGGAAAACAAGUUCAAAGUCAUGGUGGGAAACGAAAAGUUAGUCAAUAGAUUGAAUGAAUGCACUGAGGCUUAUGGUAUUUGCAGACUCCCCUAAAAUAAUUUAGGGAUAUUUUUAUAUUACUAAGGUAGAUUGAUAAACAGAUACAAACGAUCCUUGGGAGUAUUCUUAGGAGACUAAGAAUAUAGUGGCUAUUUAAACUUAUGUAAAUUCAUCAAACCUAAUUUAACAUCUGAAGUAUUAAUUCAUUUUUCAUCAUUAGGGUUUCCAAAAUUCAUAUUUAAGCUCAAUUUUGUUUCAAAUACUAGGAUCUUUGGAAGAAGAGUUAGAACCAGAAAGAAGAAAGGAGAUUAAAGUUUGA